AUGGGUAGUACUCCGGGCAAUACAAAGAACGCAGCUCCAAGCUUUGAGCGCCGACUGCUACGUGCAUUGUCCGUGUCUUCCUCGACAUCUAGUGAGUCUCAGAGCUCAGCCAGCUCCAUAACGGGAGACACUACCGAAGAUUGGACCCAUGCAAGGAAUGCCGAUGCCCAGCCAGGAGACAGACAGGCAGGAGUGAAACGACAGCGUACUUCAAAUGAAAGCGUCAGUCCACGUGGUGAUCAAGAGCCCACCACUCUGUCCGAUGAAGUUGAACGACGCUACACAAUAAUCUUCCAAUAUAUUGUAGAUCUCGACAUCCGUGUGAGACGCAUGGAACGACACACUCGUGAUCAAAACAAUCUAAAUCAUGUUGUGGCAAACGAGCUAGAGGAUUUGAUGGGCCGGCUGGCCGCUAUUGAGUCGGCAGUACAGAAAACGGCAGAAGAGUCAAGCGAGGGCAGCGAGGAUUGA